AUGUCAGCCAGAUUAAAUCAAUUACUCAACUACAAUCUUCAUCAUUCAAUGGAGCAUCGUAUAUCAUUGAAACAGUCAACUGCUUACUUGCACAACAAGUUUCAUCAAGAGAAUCCAUUGAAUCAUCAAUUAUGGGAUCAAGACAUUUAUGGUGGUAGUUUACAGUCGGAUUCGUCGACAAUCUAUCUAAGUAAAUCCGAUUAUAUGACAGCGGAAGUAAAUGAAGCACUUAUUCAUCUACUUGGAAAUCAUACAGAAUUAGUCAACAAAAUUUCUUCACGCUUUUUUAAUCAAUCUUUUCAAAAUUCAAGCUUUCGUCGAAAAAUAUGGAGUAUUGUAUUAAUAUCUAGAUGUAAAUCUAAAAGAAAUGCAUUAAAACAAAUGAUUCAAAGUUUUAUACCCGAUCGAGAUGAACGCAACAAGCUGGAAUGCAGUAGUUUUCUAGAAUCGUCUCCAUCUAUGUCUUCAAUGAAAGAUUCUGUAGGUUGUUUAUAUGCAAUGAAUUAUUUGCUGAAAUUUUAUCAAGCAUCAUUGAACACAAGUGAUAAUUUGAAACCUUACUGUGUGAAACUUGUUGCUGUAUUGGUUUUAGCAAUGAAAGAUCAUUUACCAAGAAAUCAACCUCCAAAUACAGAAACUAUUGGUCUGUUAGUGCAAGAACUCUUCAUAUUUCUUUCAAUAAUACCGUCUUUUAUAACACAUUUACCACCGAUAUGGUUUACUCGUUAUUCUCUUUAUAAAAUGGAAGAUGAAACAAACAAUGAAAUCUUUAGUAAUCUAUCCGAAAACAAAGAUAUUAAGAAAAUAGCAUUCAGUCAAAGCGUCUUAAAACAUUUACGUACUAUUGACUCAAAUAUUGCUGAUUCCGUCAUGAAUGAAUUACUACGCAUAAAAAAUAUUGGCCCUAUUUCCGAGUUAUGCAGUGAAGAUGAGAUAUACUCAGAACUGUUUUAUGAAUUUAUACAGCCAGUUACUGAAUCUAUAUUUAGUGGUUAUUUAUCUGAAUCAACUUUAUUAUACUUAUGGGAUCAGUUGAUUUUAUGUAUUGCUGGAGCUGAACCUGUUGAAACUAGUGUGACGCAUACACUGAGUUGCUUUGUUGCUGCCUUUGUAUAUCUCUGUUGGAUAAGAAUACAUAAAAAAGAGGAAUCAAGUUCAGAUCAACUGCAACUCACAAAGAACAAACGAAUAAAGGCGUAG